GGGUGGAGCCUCAGAGCCGCCCUCUCGCCCCGGAUGACCAGAACAUGGAGUCGGGCAAGAUGGCGCCUCCCAAGAACGCUCCGAGAGAUGCAUUAGUGAUGGCACAAAUCUUGAAGGAUAUGGGAAUUACAGAAUAUGAACCAAGAGUUAUAAAUCAAAUGUUGGAAUUUGCUUUCCGAUAUGUGACUACAAUUCUGGACGAUGCAAAAAUUUACUCCAGCCAUGCUAAGAAACCCCACAUUGACGCUGAUGAUGUGAGAUUAGCAAUCCAGUGUCGUGCUGAUCAAUCUUUUACUUCUCCUCCUCCAAGAGAUUUUUUACUGGAUAUUGCAAGGCAGAGAAAUCAAACCCCUUUACCACUGAUUAAACCAUAUGCAGGACACAGACUGCCACCUGACAGAUACUGCCUAACAGCUCCAAACUAUAGACUGAAGUCCUUAGUUAAAAAGGGACCUAACCAGGGAAGACUAGUUCCACGGUUAAGUGUUGGUGCUGUUAGUAGCAGGCCUACUACUCCUACUAUAGCAACCCCACAGACAGUGUCUGUCCCAAAUAAAGUUGCAACACCAAUGUCAGUGACAAGCCAGAGAUUUACGGUGCAGAAUCCAACUUCUCAGUCCACACCUGUCAAAACAGUUCCUGCAACUACUACAGUUCAAAAUGUUCUGAUCAAUCCUUCAGUGAUUGGGCCAAAAAAUAUUUUUAUUACUACCAACAUGGUUUCAUCACAGAACAUGGCCAGUGAAUCAAACUCACUGAAGAGAAAACAUGAAGAUGCUGAUGAUGAUACUACUAUAUAAGAAAUGUAGUCUAAGAAAUAGUCUAUAGAAAUAUAAUCUAAGAAAUACAUUUCAAAAGUGUAACAUUCUAGAUCUUCUCAAAUUUUAUAUUAGAAGUUGUAAAUAUAACUACAUUAUCUUUCACAGUAGUUAUAACUGUUAGAUUGAUUACCAGGUUUUUGAUAUUAAGCUUAAAAUGCAAAAAUUAAUCACUGAAUCCUGCUGUUGGCAAUUCUAUUUUGGGGAGCAGAUUUCUACCAUCACUAACAAUAGCACCUAAUUUUCAAUUUCUGCAGCCCAACAAACGAACUGAUCUUCACCAGCAAAAUUUCUAAUCCACAUUCAAAUACUGCUUUCUUUUUUAAGGUAAAAUGGUUACUUAUUUUCACCAACUUUGUCUCAAUUUUGGAAACUUUUUUUUUGGAUGGAUUUAGAGGGAUUCUAAAUCCAUUUUGAAUGUGCUUGUUUGAUGUUUCAUUUCCCACCUCCUCAACCUUGUUUCUGGAGGCCAUUCAUUUUCCUCAUUUUCUGUAUCGCCUCUUCCCCAUAGACUUAAGUUUCUCCCCCAUUGUACUUAAAGGCAAAAAACUGAAAAUGUAAAUGCCUGAUAAUACAACUCACUGUCAUUUUUAUAUUUAAAAUCUGUUCUUAAAAUAAAUUUUCUAUAGUUUACUUGAA